GGCUUCUAGCUUUUCUCUUUACCCUUACUUUCACUCAGCUCACACUGUGCAUAUUCACCGUUCACGGUUGUACUUCGCCAGCAUCCUUGUCUUCGCUACGACGCUGCAAUACCUCUAGCACGCGUCUUGACCGAGCUUCCCAUCAUGGCGUCGUAUAACGAAAAGGAGCUCGAGAAACCCACCGAGUCUUACGCUGAUUCCGUUCCCAGCAACGAUGAGAAGCGUACCUCCAAGGCCGGUGUUGACCCCGCCAUUGAGAACAUCAAUGCCAAGCUCGCUAAUCCGCUUGCCGGUAUCCCUCAAGACCAGCUCAUGCGUGAUGGCGCCCUCUUUGCUCGUCAGCACGGUUUAACCGAUCUUGAGACCGAGUUCGCAAAGGGUGCACUCAUAGCUCAGGAUCCUCUGGCAUUCGAAACUCUUGAUGUUCUAACAGAGGACGACAAAGCUGUCCUAAGGAAUGAGCAACAUUCCCGAUGGGAUCAGCCGCUUACCUUGUACUGGCUCGUUGUCAUGUGUUCAAUCUGUGCUGCCGUUCAAGGAAUGGAUGAAACGGUUAUCAACGGUGCCCAAAUCUUCUAUGCUCCACAGUUCGGUAUCGGACCGGACCAAGGCGACCCGAGUCGAAACGAAUGGCUUGUCGGUCUCGUAAACUCCGCGCCAUACCUAUGUUGCGCAGUUCUCGGUUGCUGGAUAACAGACCCACUAAAUAAACUAUUUGGGCGACGAGGCACCAUUUUCAUCACAGCAACGUUUUCGUUCCUUACUUGCAUCUGGCAAGGUGUCACAAACUCUUGGGAGCACCUCUUCGUCGCGCGAUUCAUUCUUGGGCUUGGCAUCGGACCCAAAUCGACGACUGUACCUGUUUACGCCGCUGAAUGUGCCCCGACUCCAAUCCGUGGAGCUCUCGUUAUGAUGUGGCAAAUGUGGACGGCCUUCGGCAUUAUGUUGGGUUUCGUAUCAGAUCUCAUCUUUCUUAAUGUUCGCAAUACGCGUCACAUCACGGGUUUGAACUGGAGGUUGAUGCUUGCAAGUGCUGGUGUCCCAGCAUUAUUUGUGAUGGCUCAAGUCUGGUUCUGUCCCGAAUCCCCGCGUUGGCUAUUGGGCAGGGGUCGUUACGCAGACGCUUAUCGCAGUCUUGCACGAUUGCGCAAGGAUCCGCUUCUUGCAGCGCGUGACCUUUACUAUAUCCAUGUCCAACUCGAGGCUGAAGAAUCUCUCCAACGCGGACAUCGCUUCCUCGAAUUGUUUUCUGUUCCGCGUAACCGUCGGGCCGCUCUCGCGAGUUUCAUUGUUAUGUUUAUGCAGCAAUUCUGCGGAGUCAAUGCAAUUGCAUACUAUUCGACUCAAGUCUUUUUGCAAGCUGGCUUCACCACCCAGGCCGCAUUCCUGGCAAGCUUUGGUUUUGGUACAAUCAACUGGCUAUUCGCUCUUCCUGCCGUGAAGACGAUUGAUACGUUUGGACGUCGUAAUUUGCUUUUGACAACGUUCCCCCUGAUGUCACUUUGCUUGCUUUUGACGGGCUUUGCGUUCUUCAUCCCCGAAUCAAACAAGGCGCAUAUUGGUAUCGUUGCUCUGGGUAUCUACCUUUUCGGUAUGGUCUACUCGCCGGGUGAAGGGCCUGUACCAUUCACGUACUCCGCUGAAGCGUUCCCGCUGUACGUGCGUGACAUUGGCAUGUCUUUCGCAACGGCAACGACAUGGUUCUUCAACUUUGUCGUCUCGAUUACUUUCCCACGAUUGCUCGGUGCUUUCACCCCGCAAGGCGCGUUCGGGUGGUACGCAGGGUGGAAUCUCAUUGGUUUCGUGCUUAUUCUUCUGUUUGUUCCUGAGACGAAGGCGCUUUCGCUUGAGGAACUGGAUCAGGUGUUCUCAGUUUCGACGCGCAAACAUGCAUCGUAUCAGCUGAAGGCGCUCCCGAGGAACAUCAAGAAGUAUAUCUUCAGAAUGAAGGUCGAGGAAGUGGAGCCUUUGUAUCAGUACGAGGGUGAGAAGACGUUCGCACCGACCGCUGCAGCGGCCUAAAGGCCAUUUCCGUCGUCACAUUGCGCGUAUAUUGCUCGACCAUUCGAACCUAUAUCAGGUUCUCUCCCAUGUUAUCCUAAAUGAAAGAGUUAGACGGCUGUGUUUGUACUCUGCUCAUGAUGAAAGACCUUUGUUGUCUGUUGACUUACUUUUCUACCCCCUACCUGUUCGAAUUCCCUAAAUCUUGUAUUUCUAGC